AUGACAUUUGAAUGUCUUACUAACUUUGAUAUUCAUUCUGUUGCAGGUGCAUUGAAAUUAUAUAUUAAAUUAUUACCAGAACAAGUCAUUCCAAAAUUUAUUGACGAUAGAUUAUAUGAAUUAUGGAAACAAAAAAAUACAUUACAAGAAGAUGAUUUAUUCCAACAAUUUCAUGAAAUUUACAAAGAUAUCCCUCCUAUGACAUAUAACUUUCUUAAUGAAUUACUUGAUCUUCUUCAUUUAAUUGCAAUGAACAAAGAAAUAACUAAAAUGAAUAUCGAAAAUUGCGUGACUUGUUUAGCUCCAUCUCUUCGAGGAUAUCCCUUUGUGUAUACUUAUUCUAUUCAGCACUAUUCUCAACUCUUCCCAAAAGAGCCAAAAGUUCCAAAAUAA